AUGACGGACAAGAAGAACGAGGAUUACGAGCUCCGCUCCUCCGAGUCAUUUGGAGAGAAGGAUGGCUUUCUGGCUCGGCCUCCCCCAAGGCCGCGUCCUACUCUUGGAUCGCCAAUCAGCAAGAUUGACAACAGUCCCGGCGCUGCCAUUCUCGCCUACUGCUUCUCUUCCAUCAGCAUGACCGUCGUCAACAAAUACGUCGUUUCAGGCCAGUUCUGGAACCUCAACUUUCUUUACCUUGCUGUCCAGUCCAUCGUGUGCAUCCUUACCAUUAUCGUGUGCAAGAACCUCGGAAUGAUUACGAACCUGGCGCCAUUCGACACUGACAAGGCAAAGAAAUGGUUCCCUAUCGCACUCCUCCUGGUUGGCAUGAUUUACACGGGCACCAAGGCCUUGCAAUUUCUCUCUGUGCCGGUAUACACCAUCUUCAAGAACUUAACCAUCAUCGUCAUCGCGUACGGCGAGGUUUUGUGGUUCGGCGGCAGUGUCAGCCCUCUUGCCCUUCUCUCGUUUGGCCUGAUGGUCCUCAGCUCCGUUGUUGCCGCCUGGGCUGAUGUCCAGCAUGCUCUUGGAGGUGGAUCGCAGUCUGCCGAAGCCUCUGCCGCCGUUUCGACCUUGAACGCUGGGUACGCGUGGAUGGGCAUGAACGUUUGCUGCACUGCGGCCUAUGUGCUGGGCAUGCGCAAAGUUAUCAAGAAGAUGAACUUCAAGGACUGGGACACCAUGUUCUACAACAACCUUUUGACGAUUCCCGUCCUCAUCGUUUGCACAUUCCUUGCCGAGGACUGGUCUUCGGCAAACAUCGAGAAGAACUUCCCCGUCGAGUCGCGCAACAGCCUGUUUGUCGGCAUGAUCUAUUCGGGACUCUGCGCCAUCUUCAUCUCCUACUGCUCUGCAUGGUGCAUUCGUGUCACCUCGUCAACGACAUACUCUGUGGUUGGCGCACUCAACAAGCUUCCCAUUGCCAUCAGUGGUCUGGUCUUUUUCGACGCCCCUGUCACAUUUGGCAGUGUGUCGGCUAUUGUUGUUGGCUUCGUCAGCGGUAUUGUCUACGCCCGUGCAGGAGUGAUGGCCGAGGGCACAAUAGCAUGUGAACUCGGCCAGGUUCGGCUUCGCUCUGCUCUUGAGAUCAGCAUAGACAAGAAAACCUGUGCCGCGAUGCAUGCUUCAGCCUUUGAGGUGUGGGCGGAAGAGCGGAACAAGGAGAAGCACGAGAUGACAAGAUACGAAAAGGCGUGUUAG